AUGCUAUUCUCCUGGUUGCCCGCGUGUUUUCUGGUCGGAGCUGUUCUGGCCCGCGAGAUCACCUUCCCGCCAGUCGCUGGAAUCCAGCAUCCCAUCGUUGGCUAUGGCGUGGACCAAGACACCGCCAGUCUUGACAUCUCGCAGUUGAUGUCUGGGAUCGCUACGUAUGCCAAUUUGCCUUAUGUACAUUGUCUUGCAAACGAUGGAGAGGAGGUUGAGAAGUAUGAUAUCGCGGUUAUGGGGGCGCCGUUUGAUACGGGUGUGACGGCGCGUCCAGGUGCGAGAUUUGGCCCCAAUGGCAUCCGUCAAGGCUCUCGAAGGAUGGCGCCGGCAUUCUCGUGGAGCGUCUAUACUGGCAAGAACGUCUUCCUCGAGGGUUUCAAGGUGGUUGAUUGCGGCGAUGCCCCGUUGACGUUCUUGGACAAUACAGUCGCCCUCAAGCAGCUCGACAAGGCUCACAAGGUCGUAUCAGCUCGUACAGCGAACAACACCGAGUACUCAACUCCUCGUAUCAUAACGCUUGGUGGCGACCACACCACGACCCUUUCCGCCUUACGCGGGACCUACGACCACUGGGGAGCAGUAAGCGUGAUUCACUUUGACAGCCAUCUCGACACCUGGGACCCGGAUGUCCUUGGUGGAGGCCUCUCCCACUAUGCCGGCGUCAACCACGGUACUUUCCUCCACAUCGCCCACGAAGAAGGUCUGAUCAAGAACACAUCCAUCCACGCCGGCAUCCGCGCUCCGGUCUCGAAUCCGAAGUACGACCUCAAGCACGACAAAGCCUGCGGAUUCAACAUCAUCACGGCCCGUGAGCUGGAUAAGACUGGAACUCAAGGUAUCAUUGACAAGCUCAAGGAGCGCGUGGCAGGGUCGAAGGUCUACAUCUCCGUUGAUAUAGAUGUGCUAGAUCCUAGUUAUGCGCCUGCCACUGGGACGGCAGAGGUCGGCGGCUGGACUACGAGGGAGCUGCUGACGAUCCUGGAUGGGUUGGAGGGGAUUGAGUUAAUUGGGGCGGAUGUUGUGGAAGUUGCUCCCAUCUAUGACAACCCAGGCGAGACGACGGUACUUGCGGCGGCCGAAGUAGCGCACUCGCUCAUCGGCCUUAUGGUGGAGAAGCCGGUGAAGAGCCAUGGUUGA